AUGUCCAGCAAUAACAACAACAACAUCAACAACGAGAGCAACCACGACUACGAGUUCCUGGCCGACAGUCAGAUGCCCCCACCGCCACCACCUCCGGCAUCGGCUCUCCUGCCGCACACGCCUGCUCUCAAAGCGAACGAUGACGUGGAUUUGGAGUCGAACCGCCCGUCGAAGAACAACGUGAGCUUCUCGGAUACGCUCAAUCCAAGGCGAUCGGAACCGUCGAUUGUCACGAAGACGGGAUCGUCGGAGGAGAGCGAACGAACGCAGAAAAAUUCGGAGAAGACGAAGGACCGUCGGAAGGGACGCACCUGCUGCUGCGUCUUCGCAGCCAUCACCAUCUUUCUCGCAGUCAUCGCUCUGCUGGGACUCGGCGCCAUGUUCCUUUUGAACGUUGACGAUGAUGAGCCGACGGCCAAGAAGUGAGUCAAAUUAGCUCCGCUCGGAUUCUAAUGCGGUGUUUUAGGAAUGAGACACUGAACGGAACCUCCACGACCAAUCUGGUGCCGGAUCAGACGGUCAACGGCACUGUGGUCCCCGAGAUUCACGCUCCGUUUCUUGUAAAUCUAAGCACAACCGUCAUUUCCCGUCCGGUCACUUCCUCUACGAUCCCAUCAACAAUUGGCUCUUCAACCGCGACUCCCAUGGUCACCUCUACCGCCAUUUCGACCGCCUUCUCUUCUGCUGCUCCAGCGACGUCGUCAGCAGUGACGCCCGACAUUCAGGACACGACGACGACGGUUACUUCGGAAGCUCCAGUCUCUACCGUCAUCACCUCGACAGUUCAACCCUCAACUACUGCUGCGAGCACAACGAAAGCUCCAACGACUGAGGAACCUUCCACCACUGAUGCCGCCAGUACCGUCGCCACAACGGUCACGGUGAUCCCGGAAAGUACGAUCCGAGCGAACGUCUUCACCACUCCGACAACCAUUUCUACGUCAACCGCUAAUGGAACUACCGCUGUGCACUGA